UGAGCACUUGUCAGAACCUCAGGCAGCGGCUAGCCAGAGAAAGAGAGCUCAGCGUGGAGCUCACACUGUAGAACUACUACUACUGCAACAAAAAGAGAGAGAAAUUAAAUAAAUUAAGCAGUGAUCAGAGACAGGAGACACUUUUGUUUUGCGAUGUUGCAUUUCAGCAGAACGUUCGAGAACGAAAAGAUGCAGCUUCAGGAGCUGAAUAAGAGGCUCAGCCAGUAUCUGUCCCGGGUGAAGCAGCUGGAGCAGGAGAAUGCCUCCCUCCUCAUGGAGAUCAGCACUCUGAGGCAGGAGAGGACAGGGGAGUGGGAACAGCAGCAGCAAAUGGUGGAGAUGCGGGGGCUCCGCAGAGCAGUGGACCAGCUGGCUCUUGAGAAAGCCCAAGCCGAGAUGGAGCGAGAGAAGCUGCGCAGAGAACUCCAGCUGGUGCAGGAGCUCAUCUGCCAGGAGAGUGGCACAUGCAGGGACAUCCACGGGGAGCUGAAAGGGUUUGACAAGCAUCUCCAGCAAGCCUGCUUGAAGAACCUCGCCCUGGAGGAGCACCUCCUGAGGCUGCAGAGGGAGCAGCAAGCCCUGGAGGACAGCCACAGACAGGAGAUCUGCGUGCUCCGAGAGCAGCUCUGCUCCAAGCUUGUGCCCAUGGUCACCCAGCAGGGCCAGGGUCCCCCGGCACUAACCCUGGAGGAGGUGGAGGAGUACACGCUGAGCCUGUCCCAGGCCUGGGCCCACACCGUGGAGCUGCACCACACGAGGGUGGAGGAGCUGGAGGAGUCCCUGUGGCUGGACCAGGAGAGGCUGGAGGAGCUGUGCAGAGAGAAGAGGCAGAGCGCCGCUCAGCUGGAGAAGCUGCGUGAGGAGAUGCACAGGCAGAGUCACAUCCAGGAGGGGCUGGAGAGCGAGCUCGUCAGCCUGCAGGAGAACUGCGACCUGGAGCUGCAGGAGUACCAGGUGCUGAUUGAGCAGCUGGAGGAGGAGAGGAGAAAGCUGAGCAUCGCCAUCGCUGAGAGGCUGGAGGAUCAUCAGGAGCUCAUGCAGGUGAAGAUAGGGCUCAGCAUGGAGGUCGCCACCUACAGGGCACUGCUGGAGGGGGAGAAGAGGGAAACAUACCUUUGGACAGACCAGCAUGUGAGACAAGCACCCAGAAAUAUAGGUAUUGGAAAGCCGUCCCACAUGUUCACGGUGAAGAGGGAGGAUGGAAGAAAACAGUUUCCAUUCAGCUCACACACAGGCGUUAGAUAUGAGGAGCGUGCCUCCAGUGCAAGCACAGUCUCAAGGCCAGGUCAGGUCAGAACCUAUGAAGCGAGCAGAACAGUUCCAAGUGGUUUCUCAGAGAGACUUCUGCUGGGUGGUACCCAAGUGCCUUAUGCUGCCAGAAAAGAUGUCUCAUCAUCUGCAAGGACCAUACAGGUCUCCUCUAGUUCUUCCAGGGCAGUUCCCCAGCAGGCUGAAAGAAAGACCGUUGCAAUUAAACCAAGGGUGUUGGUCGAGACGACCGUGAGCUCAACAGAGGUGACCACACAUCCUGCCAGAGACGCGGCUAUUAACCUUCAGAGAUCCAGCAACGAGAACAGAGCAGGGCUUCACACGUCACCUACUGCAGAUCAGAAGCCCACACCGGAGGACAUAACCAACAAGCGUGUGAUUGUUACCAUUCCCAUCAAGGCACCACAAGAUCCAGAAUCUGCUGACGAAAGCAAGGUAAAGAUUACGGAGGUCACAAUCGGCAGGAAAGAGUCAACUGAAGCAGAAUCUGUGGACCUUAACGGAUUCAGAGUCAACCGGGGACAGGUUCCAGAGAACAAAGAGGUGGAAACCACACUUCAGGGACUCCAGAUUCAAAACGGCGCUGGUGCACAAAAACAAGGCUUUGGUGAAGAUCAGCCAGAGGGUCAAACGGCUGCUAAAUAUUUCAGCGAGGAGCAGAUUCAAAUUGAUAAAAAACAUAAGGAACAGGUUGCAGGUGCAAGUCCAGACGAUGCAAAAAGAUCUGUAACAGAGGAAAAAGUCUUGGAUACCAUAACCAUGGAAGAUAUUCUUCAGCAGGUGGUAAAUCCUUCUGGUUUGGAGACGACACUCGGCUCCUCUCCCGAUUCUAAGGUCACCUACCACGUUGAAAAAACCCAGGUGGAAGACGGAACAACCAAGACCCAGAUUUUCUUACAGUCUACCGUGCGGGAGGACCUGGACAUAUCGGACGAUUCUGUUCUGGAGGAGCUGCUAAAUAAGGGCGAGAAAAGAACUGCUUUGGAAGAUAUCAGGGGAACCCCGACAGGAAGCAUGAUCGAAAACCUUCUCAGCCUGGGCAUGACCGGAUGGGAGAAUCUGGAGAACAUGGCAGUUAAUGUCGAGAUUAUCGAGGAACCACUGGAAACCCAAAGUGAUGAAGAAAAUGAGGAAAAGCUCUCAUCAACGUUCUUCCAGAUCGAGGAGCUCGAGAACGCUCCUGUGGCUGUUAAAGGGUCUUUGGGCAGUGAAGAGGUGCUGAGUGUCACCAUGGCAGCUGAAGAGCUGGGGAAGAGGCAGUUUUCAGACACGGACCCAUCCUUUCAAACCAGGGUCCAAGAAAACGAGUAUUUUGUGUCCACGCCAGAUGAUUACAUGUCUGAACACCAGGAAAGUGACCUUUCAUCUUUCGACCGCUCCGGAGUGAGACAGGAGUGGACAGGAGACGAAAGGUGCUGGCAAGAGGAGCCAGGACCCAACCAGGAGCAAAGCUUCACUGAUACACUGACCAAACAGUACUGGAGAGAACCUCAGGCUUCAGAACCUAGAGCAGAGUUUGACAGAGCAGAGUUUAACAGAGCAGAGUUUGACAGAGCAGAGUUUGACAGAGCAGAGUUUGACAGAGCAGAGCUCGACAGAGCAGAGGUCGACAGAAAUGAGUUUGACAAGCAGACUUCGUAUGAGUGCGUCGUAGAAGAAGAAAUUAAGGUUCCACGUAAAGUUCAAGAAUCAGUGUUGGAACUGCUGAGAGAGGAUGGGCACAAUCCAAAACAGCAGCUGAAAGGGGCUUUGGAGCAACUGAAAGAAACAGUGUCUGACAAUUUGAGAGAGGAGCUGGCUGUGUUAACCAGCAACGGACAGGACAGCUCCGAAAGCCUGGCUGUUGAUAUCAGAAAAGUACAGCAGUCUUCUGACAGCGGUGUGGUGACCAUUGUUGCAGAAAUCAAUGUUUCCCAAAAUCUCGACGAGUCAGGCCUCCCGGAGGGACAGGAGGGAUUUUCCGAUGAGCAGGUAAUGGCAGCGCUGCGAUCUACAAACCCCCAACUCCACGAAGCACGAAGCGGCAAGGCAGGCGAAAAGAUGGUCCUCUCUCACAGCGCAGACGACAAAGAACCGAAGAUUAGAGUUUCCACAGAUCAAGACGUGAGAGUGCAGGGAAUGAGCUGGACCACGAGCAGCGAAGAUCCAGGGAGCCCAAAUGCAGAGCAGUCAGCCCCCGACAUCAACAAAUUGGUGAAGCACAUUAAACUGGGUCCCUCUGAAAAAUCAUUCACUUUCCAGAUGGACGUGUCCCAGGUUGCAUCUUCCACCACUGGCAGGGGGCCCCAAGAAGCAAAAGCAUUUAAUUCCCAGGCAGAGUUCACUGACGGAGCCAACGUCCGGGUAGUCAGGGAGGAAGUCUAUCAGUAUGUGCAAAGGGCCGGUGAGGAAGGGGAGGAGCAGGUAGAGAUGUGGGAUCCCAGCCAAGGUGAAACGGCAGCACAGUUUGCGUUUUCCAAAGCACUGCAGCAGCAAAGAAUAGUGGACCCCCGAUCAGUGAUCAGCGAGGAACAGAGGAUUGCGGCUCUUUACCUGGACGAAGAUGAUGAAGAUUAGCUGAGUGGACGUUAAGAGAUGCUGAAAAAGAUUUGCUGCUUGGUAAUUUGGAUUCACUAGCAGCAUCAGAGAUAACAAUAGUAACCCCCUCCACCUCCCAAAUCGCCACCGAAAAACCAGAUGGAGAGUAGAUUUUAGUCCAUUUGAGUGUGAGUUCAUAACUGAAGAUCAGUUCUGAAGUGAUGAUGCUCAUUCAGGUCAUCAAUAAUCAUUUAUAACCAUCAGAAGCAAUCUUUGGCCAGGAUUUUACUUCUUCUACUUUUGACCAAUUAUAAUGCGCAACUAUCUAAUGGUUUUGCACAAUCAUUACAGGAGGGGCCUGGGCACACCUAAAACACAACUAGCUUCAAAACACAACGAUUUUAGAUUUGUGCAGUACACGAUUUCAAAGGUUAGUUUCACUGUGAAAAAAUAGUUUCUGUCUCCACGCUUCAUAAUAAUAAUAAUAAUAAUAAUAAUGGUCAUGUUCUAGGAUACAUAACUUAAGGUAGAUCACUCCUGGACAAACCUUUCUAGAACGCUUUGAGACGCUGUGCAAGAUCCUGCAGAUCUACUGCAGUGUGCGCGUGGUGCUCCUGAUUGCCGAUGCUCAGGCUGAUACAGUAGGUUGGUAAACCACACCACACCACACCACACACUGCUUUUGUAGCUGUCGCAUGCCCCCAGUAGCAUGGAAUGGCUUUAAUGGCAUUAUCACAGCCACGUUUUAAAUGUGCUGAAGAUCUUUGCUUACUUUUCUGCUUUAAUUGGGAGAAGUGCAGGUUUGUUGGUUUUUAAACACAACACUGUACUUUUAGAAGUUUAAACGGCUGCACCUUGUGAAUGUGGUAUGAUUCAUGUCAUCUGAUUUUGAAUGUGAUGACUAAAUGAAAGCAAAAAGAGAUCCAGUAAUGUUGCAUUAAAUGAGAGCGACCUGUUUCCAAUAUACAGCUGAAAUGUGUUCUCUUUAAUGUUAUGCAUAUGUUUUUAAAUCCCCUUUUGCGUAAGACUGAGGUUUAUCCAUCUCGAAUGGGGCAUUUUGCAAACCCCCUUUCCCCAGUAGCUGUGUCCUGUGAAAGGGCUCUGACUGCGCCUGGUCCUGUGGUGUGUGCUGCCCUCCUCCCCACCUUUGGAGGACUGGCAACCCUCAUGCCUGCACAGCGCGAGCCCCACAAACACACGGGUUCCAACAGGGGUGCUGCAUCUCUUGCUUCCUUUAUUUUAGAAAGUUAAUAAACCGAUAUGCACGUUCAGAUUUUUUUGGCAGCUUUGUAUUUUAUCAUGUUUUGGUUUGACACAGGACAGUAUACUUAAGAAAAUAAAAGCCCUUAAAAAAAA